AUGCACUAUAGCUUUAAGCAACUAAUAAUAGCUCUAAUAAGCUACUGCAACUCGCUAGCUUAUGCUCAGAGGUAUAUAAACAGGCUACUUUGUAAUUAUAAGCACUUCAUUAAAGCAUUUAUUGAUAAUAUCGUGAUCUUCUUAGAUUUGUUUGAGAACUAUCUGAAGCAUCUCAAUAUUGCUCUGAACAUCUUUAAUAGAAAGGGAAUCUCUAUUUCUCCUACAAAGAGUUAUAUCAGUUUCUUCUCAGUUGAACUUCUUAGCUUCUAUAUUAAUGCGCUUAGCUUGUUUACUAUAAAGGAAUAUACUGAAGCCUUUCGAAAGAUAAUCUUUCCUAGAAAUCUUAAGGAUCUCGAAAUCUAUCUUAGCGCAACUAGUUUCCUAUAA